AUGGGGGACAACGUCACCGGGUGGGAGGUGGGCGAUCACGCCGGGGUCAAGUUCGUGCUGCUGUCGUGCUGGAAGUGCGAGUACUGCUACGAUGGCCACGAGCAAUUGUGCAAUCGCCCCGUGUACCUGGGGUACACCCACGACGGCUCCUUCCAGCAGUACGCCACCGUCGACGCCAUGGGCGCGCCUAAGAUCCCCCAGGACGUGGACUUACUGCGCGUAGGGCCCAUUUUGUGCGGUGGCAUCACUGUGUACCGCGCGCUCAAGACGACAACGGCGCUGGCGGGGGAUUGGGUGGUGAUCUCGGGGUGUUCGGGGGGGUUGGGGUCGUUGGCAGUGCAGUACGCCAAGGCGAUGGGGUUGCGGGUGGUGGGGAUUGAUGGCGGCGCCAAUAAGAAGGCGGCGGCGUUGGAUGGCGGCGUCGAGGAGUUUAUUGACUUUACUGAGUGCGAUGACGUCAUCGGCCGCGUCCACCAGAUCACCGGCGGUGGGGCUAAGGGCGCCGUCAACGUGUCGACGCUGCCGCAAGCGAUCCAGCAAUCAGUCCAGCUCGUCAAGAAGCGCGGGGUGGUGGUGCUUGUGGGGUUGCCGCCCGACACCACCAUCACCGCCAACGUGUUGCAGACGGUGCUGAAGGCGGUGCGCAUCGAAGGGUCGUUUGUCGGAAACCGUGCCGACACUGACGAAGCCAUUGACUUUUUCCGGCGCGGGCUCAUCAAUCAGCCGUUGACGAUAGCGGGGCUCUCCCAGCUUCCCGAGAUCUUCGACAAGAUGACCCGCGGCGAAAUCGUCGGCCGCUACGUCGUCGACACCUAUAAGUAA